ACCUAUACGUCACGAACGACGAAGCACAUCGCGACCAAGGUUCCAACGGAAAGAAAAAAAAGAAGACAAGAAUAAUGAUAACCCAAAGAUCAAAUACCGGGAUGCUGCCAUAAUCAGAACCAGUGGAGUUUCCUUUACACUCGAAGAUGAAAAGAUUGAUAACCGAAUCAGCGAAAAAGUGUAUUCUUUGCUCGUGUUUCUGGACGGACAUCAAGAUAGUGGGACACUGUCAAUAAUUGGAGAGGAGGAUGGUGGAUUUCCGAACUCAGUAACACCUAAAGCUAGCGACCUAACGCUUGAAAGCCUUUGUCUUUAUAAAAGUGAGGAUGAGUUCGAUUCAAUCGACCUAGGAGAACCCACAUGCAAUGGCAUGACAGCUCCAAUAUGA